AUGGCCUCAUGUGAGAGGUGUAAGCAGCGUAAAGCAAAGUGCGACCGCCGAUUACCGGCCUGUCAGCGCUGUGAGAAGGCAAAGGUUGAGUGCGAGUAUGGUGGGAGGCGGAAACCGGGGUUUCCAGCUGGGCAUCGCCAGAUGUUGGAGGACAAGAUCGAGAGGCUGGAGUCCGAGUUACGUGCCAUUCGCACCACGCCGAGAACGAGCACAUCAACUGAUCAAGGACCUGUACAAGACGCUGUAAUCGAAGCGGAGAACAAAUCCUCCAAUGAACAACAAUCGCGUUCAAUGACCGUCGGUGAAGCAUCACCUACCUUUGAGCGUACCCGCAGAGUUACAGAACGCAGACCCCCAACAGACCUCGUCGUUUCUCUCGCUUCCUUAUACUUUCGUCACAUCCACCCAUGGUUUCCCUUCCUAGAUGUUCAGCGCGUUUGCGCCGAUAUGGGCUCUAUGGAUGAACCUGCGUUACUCUACUACGCUCUUUUCGGGGUUACACUACCGUACUCGUUCGACUCUCGUCUUGACCAGGCCUCGAGCGACUCAUUUUGGAAAUACUCCAAGCGAAGCAUAUUUGUUGACGUGCUCGAGGAGCCCUCAUAUAGCUCGUUAGAAGUUCUUACGGUGCUUGUCUUGGAUCUUUCGGGCAUGACACAUGGGCCUCAGGUCUGGGGUCCCUUGGCCGUAGCUACGAAGCUUGCUGUACAGCUCAAAAAUACUGAUGGGCUAGUCUUUCGCACCUCAACGGAGGCCGAAAGCAGUGAAUCGCUCAGCAAGAGUGAUGGUAUUUUCCGACAGCGGUUAUUCUGGGCUAUCUACGCUCUCGACUGUACCAUUUGCAUUACUACCAACCAUCCCUCGACCUUGGGCGACGAUCAUGUACGCCACUUCCUACCUGCGCGACAGCAAGUCUGGCGGGAGAACCUGUCAGAGGUAGACGAUGCAUCGCUUACUCCCGCCUCGGUGUUCAGCUACCAAUUAGAGCUCUUUGAUCUUUCUCGAAGAAUUCACAGAGUUGGGACCGAAUACAGCAGCCUCUACAACAACCAAGACCUGGAGUCGACUUGGCUGGGCGAGUUUCACAAUACCUCGGCUGAACUCAAUUCCUGGAUGGAGACACUACCAUCUCGGCUGUUCUGGCAUAACCAUAAUGUUGUCGAAGAUCGGGUCCCAAGCGCUAUCCGGCCAGCUACUUUCAUGCUGUAUGGAUACUAUUACGCCUUGGAUAUCUAUCUCAAUGGCUUUCUCGCCAUACCGUGUCAUUUCAAUUUCCAGUCCGAUGCGCAUCACGAAAUACGUCGACUAUGUCUAGAGCGAUGUCUCAACAGCGUGCAAGCCCUAUCUCAAAUCGUCACAAAAGUGGCUGACCAAACUGUCGAUAAACUCGGCUGGCCUUUUGCUUGGUCUGUCUGGGUGGCAGCUCGCUUCUUGACUGCGCAGAGAUACUUCACAGGAGAGAGCGAUCCCGAGGCCAUGGCAAAAGUCUCACUUUUCACAACGUUUCUCAAUACCAUGGGUCGCUUUUGGCAGAUCAGCGCUAGCUAUGCGAGAAUGAUGCGUCGAGCAACAUCUGAUCUGGACGCAGGCACUGAGCCGGGACAAGGGACGAUUCUCCAGCUUAUGGCCGAUCUUCGAGUCCCGACAUCUCACGUGGAGGAUCAGUUUAGGCCAGACUCAAUGCUACACGGUAUGAUUAGUCCAGGACAGUCUGUUUCAACGUAUGAUAACCCCACCUAUAUGGACGUUGAGAGACUGGACAAUCUUCUUCCAGUUUUCUCUGAUGAUACUUGCUUUGAUAUGUCUCAAGAUCAAGACAACUGGUUUCGCAUGCCGUUGUUUGCCUCGUCAGCAUACCAACAGUUCAAUGCGCCGGAGCAGGAGUGA